UCUAUAACAGUCUAAAUCUUCAAUCAGGUGCCAGAUUGUGGAUUAUAAUGGAAUGAAUAUUUAUGAUAAUCAUUUUCUCAGAUGUCCUGUAGGUUUAUAUAAAAUGACGCUGCUGUCCGCAAAAGACACUUAUCACUUUAUUGAGGAAAUGCUAAAAAAGUUCAUUUUAAUUUGUAUCCUGCUUGUGGAUCUUGGGAUUUCACAAAAGUGCCAAAUACAAGUGCUUGGUUCGUUUGAUUACCUUGGAUGUUUUGUGGAUUAUCAUGAUAGGCUUCUGUCACACGGUUACAAUGGAGACGGACAUCACCCUCAAAUGGAAAAUAACAGAUGUAUAUUGUACUGUAAAGGACAGGGUUAUAAAUAUGCCGGCACGGAGGCAACUGAUUUUUGUUUUUGUGGCAACGAUGUUAAAGAUUAUUCCACACAAAACUCUGAAUGUUUCCAGGGAUGUGUAGGAGACUCAACACAAAUGUGUGGAGGACAAUGGCGUUUGUCAGUAUAUAAAACAGGUUAUCUCCCUUUGAAUAGUCGUAAUACUAGCCUUACUGAACUUAAAAAAGAUUAUAAGUUGACAACUCAGACGAAGAAAGCUGUGAAAAUAAGAAAAGGGUCUGUACUUGGCUGUGCAAUGCAUUGUUUAGUCUUGAAAAGAUGUAAAGUGUUUGAAGUGUCAAAGGAGACUGGUGAAUGCAGUGUGUUGUAUGAAUUCGAAUCAUUGUGCGAGGGUUUUCAAUAUGCUGUUGGAUAUUCAAUUUUUAUGUUGAUGUAAUGAUUUUUUUUUUUACAUUUUCAACAAAUUAUCAAACAUACAAAAUGUCUUUUAAGGAUGAUCGUUACUCUGUUUCAAAAUAACAACUUUUUUAAGAUAUAAAAAAAAGAAGAUGUGGUAUGAUUGCCAAUGAGACAACUAUCCAAAAAAGACCAAAAUAACACAGACAUUAACAACUAUAGGUCACCGUACGGCCUUUAACAAUGAAUGGGGCUAAGAAGGAGUCUUACUGAAUCUGCUCCUUUGAUAAAAUCAAAUGGAUCACAGGCAAUGUUAAAACAUUACGGGUGUGUCAUGGUUAUGAAAUAAAUGACAUUGAUAUUUGAAAAAAAAUAAUAGAUAAAAUUAAAAAUUGUAUACACGUAUUGAAAAGUAGGAUGCUUACAUAAAAAAGUAAAACACUUAUAGAUAAAAAUAUGAGACAUUCUCUAUGUUCUUACGAGAUCAAAAUACGAGGAAUUCUGGAUAAGUAUACUAAAGAGCUUUAUAAUAUAAUUUGGAACUUCAUUUGGGACGGAAAAGUGAAUCAGAUAUAUAGAAAAGUCUGCUGUUCGACUGAAAUAAAGGGGGAUGAGAAUGGUCAGUAUAGAUACGUUUAUUAAAAGUAAACAAACAAAACUUGUAUAUCGACAACUGGAAUACGAUCUGUAAGUAUUGGCUUCGGCAAUUUGAUGAAAAAUAUAAUGAUGCCUUUUUUGUAUGUAAAUAUUCAAGUUUAAAUGGUAUAGACAUGAACCAACUACCACAAGUUUAUCAGAAAAUUAUAAAUACAUGGUCAGGAUUCAUUGAAAAUGUUGAUACAUCUUCAAAUAAAAGUGAUAUUUUGAAUACGAGGAUAUUUGGAGACUCUUUUUUUCUUUUCAAAAAUAAACCAAUGUUUUAUUCUUCUUUUUAAAAAAAGCUAUCCAGGAUAUUUGGAAUUCAGAAACUACAGAUUGUAUUACCUGUAAAAGAAGGGUUAUUGAUAGGAGUAAUUAAAUUUCUGAAUUUUCAAAAAUUAAACAGGCAAUUCCUAAAGAUAAAAAUUUCGAAAUCUUGCGGAAACCAAAAUUUGCAUCAUGAAAAUAAGAUAAAGAUAUCUAAAAAUCUUGAGAUCAUUAACUUAAACAACCAAACAAAUCAAGCCAUCGAAGUGAAAACUCAAAUAUAUUCGUACGGUUUUAAAUAAAGAUUUAUCUCAAAAAUGUCAAAUUAAGUGGGAGAAAAUAUUUUGAACAAAUAUACCUUGGAAAAGAUAUGAAGAUAUCAAAUGGAAAAUGCAACAUUUGU